AUGGGCAACGGAUAUUUUCGAACGUCACAAACGUCGUCGUCGUCACGCCAGCGGGAAAAGCGUGGCAAGGAUAGCUACAGCUACCAGCACAAUUACGUGGACCGGGUGCGUUUAGAGGACACCACCGGCGGACACCACCACAGUAGCCACAACCACCACCAGCAAACCACCCAUGAUCCGAGGUGUCCGCAGCUGAGGGCCGCUGGCUGGAGGCAUACGCACAAGUCCGUCUCCCAUCUCGACUUGGCCACCAGCUGUCAUGAUGCAGCUGGAUCUGGCUUAGGUCGUCACUCGCAGCAGCUGCACCACCACCACAGCGGGGCCAACCAGAACCAGCACCACCAGCAGCAGCAGCAGCAGAAUCAUCACCAUCUGCACCACUCGCACCCACACCACCCACACGCCCAGCCACACUGGACGCAGUGCCAGGUGGGCGUGGCCGGAAGCGGAAACGGGCAGCUGAGGAACGCCCGAUCGCUGGACUACACGCAACUCGAGCGGGAGGAGAACGCCUUGGACAUCGCCGAGUUCUACUGGCGAUUCGAUGCGGAAGCUCCGCUGGACCAAGUCGAUAGCUACGCGGUACUUCCAAUAAACGACAACUUUGAGCCAUCGGCAGUCCCUCCAGCGGCUGUGGGAUCAAAGGAAGCAACCACAACCAGCACCACCACAAUAUCCGCCAAGGCAAAUGGUGGUGCAACCACCAUCACAACCACUGCUGCUGCAAACGCCCUUUUGGAUAUUUUGGGCAGCGAGUCGUGCAGCUUGAGGAGAUCGAGAAGUUUGGCCGUAAUACGUGAGGAGACGUUUAGCGACCUGCAAAUUGGAUCGGCAAACAGCAGUCGGCGCCGAUCGCAGCUAAUACCGCGUGCCCGGCUCGUUAAUCGCGGAUUUUUCCGUGAAUCGCCCCGGUCUCGGCACAAUUUUCAGUUUAAACAAUUCACAAAGCCGCCGGCCAAAUUGUUGCGAUUGAACGGCAAACCGAAUCAGGCGACCUUGGUGGGUGAGCAGCCAGCGGAUCAGCCGGCGGAUGACACCCAGAGCCAGAGAAGCAACUCGGGCACUUGCGAUUCGCAUCAGCAGCAGCAGCAACAUAUACAGCAGCAGCAGCAACAGCAGCAACAUCAACAGCAGCAGCAGCAACAUCAGCGACUCAGCCGAGAAUCGCGUGACUUUGAUGUCUACUAUGAUAAUCUGAAACGCUUGGACGCCUUGGCUUUGAAUUUGAGUGAGCAACUGCAUCCUUGGCACAACGACAAGAGCGACUUGGAGAGCUUGAACUCGGAUUACUUCAAGAACUCGCUGCACCAGAAUCACCUGGACCAGCAGCAACCAUCUUCCCUGGAAUUCGAGGCACUCGAGCAGGUGGCAGUCACUUUACUCAAGGAGCGACCCAGGAUCUAUCAAUCGAGAAGGCAGCAGCAGCAGAGGAAUCAUCUUCACCACUCCAAUUGCCUGCAACGUCAUCUGGACACCGGAGGGGAAUCCUGUCCAGAGCACAGUCAAAGCAGUGUCUUCCCAGAGACCACCACCAGUAAUUCGGAUGAUCAAACGGAUAGUCCUUCACUCUCGGAACAGGAAUACGAUUUAACCCACAUCGAGGAGAUUUACCAGCAGGGCAAUCACGUGGAGGAGAGUUACGAGUUGAUUAGUCUUACGACCACCACAAGGACACGUUUUGGCGAGAGUAGUGAGGAGGGUGAAGAGGAAGAAGGGGAGACUGGAGAGGAGAUUGUGGAUAGUCUGACCACACCCACAGAGGUACAGACCAGCGAUAGUGAUAGCACCUUAAGGCAAAACCACAACAAUCAGUUGGACAAACUGAUAGCCUACGAUUCGGUGUAUCUCUCCUCGGAAGACAGUUCAGAUUGCACUUUAAUCGGCGAAAGUUGCGAGUCCUUUGAGCAAAGAACUUUCACCAGUUGCGGGGAAAGUGGGGAGUUGGAAACCCGCAGCUUACUACAUAUAUCAAUAGAGGAUACCGUUUACGAACCCCAAGCUAAGCAGCACAAAAAGGGUUCGAAUCAGGAAGAUCAACCUGCUCCUCCUCUACUCACCACAACAGCAAAAGUUGAGGCACAGAUCUUCACGCAGGUCUUGAAAGUAGAACAUACCCCCAAACCCAAAAUCUUGGCAGCUGUGGAAAAACGGAAGCUCAAACAGGAGGAAGUCAAACAGCCACCGCCGGAAUUAAAACGCCAGGCUACCGACUCCUUUGUGGUCACUGCCAACAAAUCCAAUCUCACAGAGAAUCAAUACCACAGUCUGCCGGAUGUGAAUAUUGGAGUGAGUCUGAAGGUCUGCGAGAACAUAGACAAGGAGCUGCGAUCAUCGUACAACCAACAGAGGCAGCAGCAACGAAAGGAGCAAAAAAAGGAGCAGCAGGUGACCCGGGCGGAAACAUACGAUUCCAUUAGACGAUUCGGACGGGCCCAUCAGAAGGCCAGGCAAAGGGAGUACCAGGAAAGGGAGCGGGAACGCGAAAGGGAAGCAUCAGUGGCUCUACAGGAUAAGGAACGGGAAAAGGAAAGGCCAAAGAUAAACAAGGAGUUUUCCGCACAGGAGCGGCAAAUUGAAGUGAAUGAACCGACAAAGACCCAAGAAUUAAUCAAGGAAAAAGAGGAAGUUGCAAAGGAGGAGGAAGAGGAGGAACCACUGCCUCCACCACCGCCGCCACCUUUGACCGAGGAAUCUCAACCAGAGGAUUCUCAAGCGGAAGUGGAAGAGGAGGACAACCUAUCUAACCUAUCCAUUGCACAAUCGGAACAACCCAAAGAGGCUCCUGCCAUUGAGGUGGCCAAUUUCAGCAGACUAAUCGAGCGACGUGCUCAGGAAAUCCGCGAGCGACAGGAGCAAAUUAAGCCUUCCUUUCACAUCAUCGUCACCGACGCCCAGAACAAUAUCAUCCAGAAGGAGGCCAUUCAGGAGAACAAGGAAACCGCACAGAGGAUUAAACCCGACCCGAAAACAAAUUCAAAUUCAAAUUCAAGCUCCAACUCAAACACAAGCUCAUCUUGUAAUCCCAUUCAGCGCCCACUUCGUCGCUCGGUGAGCUCGUCGAGUGGCAAACCGCUGGAACAUCGCAUCCUCAGCACUGGUGCUCCAAUUUACAAGGCUCGACCUGUCAAGGUUCUGCCCUCCUCCAGCAGCGAUUCGAGCUUCUCCCGGGGCAAAAUGUCACGACCCCAGAUACUGCAUGUUGUGGAUGGCCGUGGUGGAGUCGCAGGCGGAGGAUUAGGUGGCACUCUGCGAAGGAGGAGCAGUGCCAGGAGCAUAGCCAGCACAAUUAGCUCGGCGGGAGGUGAGGUGGCUAAUGAAUAUCUGCAGAAAGUGGAUGCAGUCCGCUGCUAUUGGAGCAAACUGGCGGGCAAUGAACCAGAAAUCCUAAAAACAGAGCAGCAGCAGCAGCAGCAGCCAGCAAAGGAAACCCAGCCAGGCAUUCACUUCCAGUUGGGUGGAGAAACCACAACACAUUGUAACACGGAUAAAUCCUCGAAUGGCAAUGAUUUUUGCAGCAUGAUGCCACAUCCCUCGAUUGAAAUUGUGGAGCUCGGUGAGGGUGCUCAAAGGGCCACCAUUGUGAAGGCAGCUGCCGAACAGGACGAGGAUGCCGAUGAGGAUCAGGAUCAGUUCGACCACAUAAGGUACAAAGUUCUCAAGUCUCAGCAGCUGAUACGCAACAACUUCCUCUCCACGAGAAAUAAAAAGGAGGCACAGUUCGAUGGCUUGAUUCAGUACCUGCAGGAAUAUAGUUUCCAAGAGCUGCUGAGCAAUAACAAUGUGGUGAUAGUGGAGCCUGUGAGGACCAAGAUAGAACGGCCUCUGCAGGUGGGGAUUAAUUGUGGCAAUACGACCACGGCUGUUCCGCCUCCAAAACCUCCCAGGGUGGUAAAUGCCUCUGGUUCCCAGCCACGUAAAACCCGGCAAAGGCAAAUCGGAGGGGCUGCGGCCAAAAGGCACUUUUUCUACCAACCUGUAAGAGUGAACAGAGAGCUUUACGAAGACGAGCUACCAGAUCCCGAUACAGUGCGCAAUGUGCGCCGCUUUUUCGAGCAGAAUGUCCUGCCCACUCCUGGCCAGGGAUUACUGGUGCAGUCGCAGCAAAAGUUCGGUGGCUCUGCCUGUCAAUUGAGCCCAAAGUCCCGGAGGGCCAGGGGCUACCGAUACCUUACCAUCGAUACGAGCUACGGUGGAGCUGGCGAGGAACAGCCCAAGGGCAUGGAGCUACUGGAGGAGCACAAAGCCAAGCACUGGGACAAUGCCAGUCUCUCGAGUGGAAUUUCCAGCGGAGAUUUGAGCUCCCCCUGCGGGGAGUAUCAUCAACAGCAGCAGGAAUCACCGGUGAUGGCCUGCAAGGAUGUUCAUGUCCAAGAUGUUGUUCGACGACACAAUAGCAAUGCUGCCAAUGCCAAGGCUCGGGUCAAAUUCGCCAGCCGACGCACCUGGUGCAUGGGAACAGGCCCUGCCAAUGAGUCCCUUUAUCGGCAAAUUUAUGAAAAUAAUUUGGGAAACUCAGAGCAGCAGGAGAAUGGCGAGCAUCUGGAGGAGGAGGACGACGAACAGGAUGACCAGUAUGAGGACGAUGUGGAGCAGGAUAUGUGCGAGAAUUAUUACGUCAGCAAUGACGUGCUGGCCAAGAUAAGGGAGUGCGGCUCAACUGUCACCUACUACGGAGGUCGGGUCCUGGACAAGACCGCCACCAGCAGCACAGCCCCGCCCACGAAAACCACUCAGCCAAUGACGGGGAGUGGAACCCGCACCCGAAUCCGUCAAAUAGAGGCCUGCAAUGUGUGCCUGCCGAGCGAGAGAUGCGAACAUCGAUUGCAAACCAAACAGGCGGCGGCGGAACAGCAGCAGGACUCCUAUCAAGGCAUCAAAUUUAAGCUGGUCAAGUCGAACAGCUGCAGCAGUCGCCUGGAGCUGGCCGGAACUGGAGAAGAUGAGGUCAGCGCCGAUAGCGAGGUUGUUCGAAAAAUGGUUCAUCACUUCGAGGCGAAUCAGAUGUCGGCGGACAAUGAUGUUCAACUGACCAUCAACAGUCAGAGUCAGAUAGCAUCGACUAAGGAGCCCGAGGAGAAGGAGGAGCUAUCGCGACGCCAAGUGACAGUAAAUAAUCACAUCAAUGUGCUGGGGGACAUGCCGCAGGAGCUCGAGAAGCCUGAAAACUUUAAUGGUCAGCCGGAGAAUGGUUAUGGCGCUGUGGAGAUGAUGAUGCCCACAUACGAAAGUCAGGCCAUGAACAUUCGUCUCGAUGUGACUGAGAAUAGGAAGAUCCCUGAUGCUUCCUCUGCUGCUGCUGCUGCUGCUGCUAACAAAGUUUGCCGUAAUAAAAACGUUGACUUGGCCUACACGCUGGUUAAGACAACGACCAAUCCUCCCAAGGGCAAGCCCAUCGAAGCUCCGCGCCAGAAGCCCAUCGAAGCACCGCGCCAGAUGUUUGGAAAGCAACGGGAAGUGGAGGAAAAUUGCGAAAUAAAUGCCGUGACAAAGUCCGUCAAGCUGGCCAAGGCCUCGCCACAAAUCAUAGUGCCCGUGGAUAUCCACAGUCAGGCCUCGAUAGCUGCUCCCACUCCCGCAGCUCCCAUUCCUGAGCGUCGAUUAAGCAAUGCCAGCAGUAGCAACUCGGUGGUGGACAAAUCCGUGGUUCGGCAUUAUGUGGCCAAUGAUAAAAGCAUCUAUGAGCGGCGCAAAUACGACGAGAUUGAGUUCGAGGAGUUUGAGGUCUACGAUCCCAGCAAGGAACCACCACCUCAAGCGGAGGAGGGUCUCGAAAAAAUACCCACAGAUGCCGAGCUCUACGACAGCCUGGAUGACAAAAUGUAAUCGAUAACUAAUGCUCAAAAAGAAAACUGCAAACAGCAACGACGAUUUCUUGGGGUUUCGGGUUAAAGCUUAAAUCAAAAACAUCUCGUAGUAAACCAUAUUGGUGGCCUAAUUAGCUUUACAGGUAAAGCCAAAAAAUUAUACCAUAAACUAUCCAAAAGUAUGAUAUAUAUAUAUAUAUUAUUUAAAUUUAAUUCGCAACACACAACAUUUGUUCACAUGUACAUUAUAAAUUUAUGCUUAAAUAAAUAUGCAAUUUAUUUAACGA